AUGGUAUCAUCAGCCAAGUUAGGCGAGUAUUUUUUGGGGAAAAAGAUUGGCUCCGGAAAUUUUUCCACUGUUCGGCAGUGCACGGAUGCAAAGGGCCGGAAAUGGGCGGUAAAGAUCAUCGAUAAGGGCCGCCUACGGCAGGAAAAUAUGGAGGAUCAGAUGCUGCGGGAGGUGGCUGUUAUGCGGUCACUGAGGCAUGAAAACAUCGUUGCACUUCGCGACGUUAUGGAAUCCAAUAACCACUACUACCUUAUACUGGAGUAUGUGCCGGGUGGUGAGCUGUUUGACAAGAUUGUGCAGUUGAAGCGCUUGGAUGAGUCAACAGCGAGGCAAUACUUCCAUCAGCUUAUUGCUGGGAUUUACUACUGCCACAGCAAGGGGUUUGCCCACCGCGACCUGAAGCCAGAGAACCUGCUACUUGAUGCGAACGGAACACUUAAGAUCUCUGAUUUUGGUCUCAGCAACUUGCAACAGGACUUUCUGCUUCAAACAGUGUGCGGAACACCCAACUAUGUUGCACCGGAGGUUUUGAUGGAGCGGGGCUACAAUGGACUCUCGGCGGACAUAUGGAGCUGUGGCGUCGUGCUGUACGUGAUGGUUGCCGGACGUCUGCCAUUUGAGGACCGCAAUAUGAACGCACUGCUUGCAAAGAUUGAACGCGGUGAGUACCAGAUGGUGAGGCACGUUUCAGAGGCUGUAAAGGACCUGAUUGCACGGAUGCUGACGGUGGACCCGAAGAAACGCAUCACAUUAGAGGGUAUCAUCGCUCAUCCAUGGUUUGCCUUGGGGUGGGAUCCACAGCGUCUCCACGAAGCUGCAGAGACGAAUUGGGCGUAA